CUCCCUCUUCACUUCUCUCCUCUCUCUCUCUCUCUCGAAUCUCCACGACCGCAACCCCGAAGCCAAUCAGCUCAUCGCUUCUCACUCUCGCGUCCACGCUCUCUCUACCCUCAGAAAACCCUCGGAAUCCGCUGUCUCUGCUCGCUUGAUCCCGCUCGCGAUCGAUCAAUGCAGAAAAUACCAAGCAAACUUGAAACAGGAUAUGUGUUUAUGCACUUUCGACCUUGGGUUACUUUUUAGUCAGGUGGUGAGGAAAUAUUUUCCAGGGGACAAUGUUAUGUAGACGUGGACUGUACUAGUCACUCGCACUGAUGUCAGGUCAUCUAAGGUUUGAAUCAGCUUCGGCUGGUACAGAUGAAUUGGCCAUUGCUGGGGGCCAUCUAAACGGAAACAGGGCAAGCCAUUCCCGAUCUAGUCUGGAUAGGUCAGGUAGUUUCAGGGAGAGCUGUGAAAACAGGAUGUUCAGCACCCUGACUAGCCUUUCCGGGGAGAAUUCUACAUCAAAUGGGGACGUCCCUCCCAUAUCAGAUUGUCUGAUGUUGGAUCCUAUUACACUGGGGGAUCAGAAAUACCAAAGAUUGGGUGAGUUGCGGAGGAUAUUGGGAAUUCCUUUUGGAAGCACUGCUGAAGAUAGCUCUUCUGGGGCCGGUGUUGCCAAACUUCCCCAUCCAGCUGCUGUAGAGGAGCUAAAGCGCUUCAAAUCAAGUGUUUGGGAUACCUCCUCUAAGGCAAGGAGAAGGGCAAAAAAGUUGGAAGAGUCUUUAUACAAGUUAAACAAGUAUAAUCACGUUUUGAAUUCAAAAAAGCCUCAAAGGAAUGGGACAACAGCUAAUGAGAGAUCAGGUGGGUCCAAUUUGUCGAAGAUGGCAAGUCAGAAUCAUCGAAACUCUUCGGAGCUCUUGAGUCAAGGACUUGAAGAUAGGAGUAAGAGUGUUGUUCUGAAUAAGCGAGUUCGUUCCUCAAUGGCUGAACUUCGGACAGACAGUCAGGGCCACACUCUAACAAAGCUGCCCGCAGUCACUGGAAAAGAUCGAGAGAUGACCAGAAAUGUGGUUGAAGGUUCUGAUUUAGUCGAAGAUAAGAAUCAUAGACUACCUGCUGGGGGGGAAGGAUGGGAUAAAAAAAUGAAAAGGAAAAGAUCUAUAGGCUCGGGUUUUUCCAGACCUCUGCUUAUGGAUGGGGAGACAAAGCGACCUGUGUUCCAUAAAGUGAAAACUGAGCCCAGUUUGCAAUCCUCUGAUGCCCAGGGUUCCAGAUUGAGCGUCCGUGAAGAAACUUCCACGGCGAGUCCUAGUCAGACGCCAAAAGCAAAAGGUUCGAGGGCUCCCCGAAGUGGCUCUGUCGUGGCAGCAACCUCACCUACUAAUUUUUCUCGAUCGUCUGGAGCUUUUGAAGCAUGCGAACAGUCUCCUAGUGCAAGCAAAGUUCAUAUGAUUGGUGGCCCUACUAAUAACCGUAAACGUCCUUUACCCUCUGAAUCAUCCUCCCCUCCUAUGGCUCAAUGGGUUUGCCAUAGACAAAAAACAUCUCGCAAUAGAAGAGCAAAUAUUGUGUCUCCUGUCUCAAACCAUAAUGAGAGCAAUCCACCGUCGGAAGGAUGUGCCUUGGAUCCUGGUUUGAAAAUGAGUUCUGUGGAGACAAGUGCCCCUCUGUUCUCGAGGGGUUUUGCUAAUGGAAUCCAACAGCUGAAAGUGAAAUUGGAAAAUGUUUCAUCACCGGCGAGAUUACCUGAAAAUGAUGAAUCUGGUGGUGGUCAAAAUCGUGAAAGCAGGAUGAAGGAGAAGAGAGCCAGUGCUGUUGAAGUAGAUGAAAUCGAUGUGGGAACCAUCCGUGGUGUUAGCUCGUCAAUUGUACUGCCAAAGAAAAAUAAAACAGUUCCUAAAGAUGAUGUGGGAGAUGGUGUCCAAAGACAAGGAAGGAGUGGUAGGUGCUCAUCAUUUCCGAGAGCUAACAUUGCCUCAGCCAACGAAAAGAUGGAUAAUGCAGCUUCUAAGCCACUUAGAAGUGCUAAGCCUGGUUCUGAAAAAAAUGGGAGCAAGACUGGACGGCCUCCAUUAAAGAAAGUAUCCGAUCGAAAGGCUUUUGCUCGUCAUGCGAAGUCACCAGCUGGCAGUACUCCAGAUAUAUCUGGUGCAUCAGAUGAUGACCGCGAAGAACUCUUAGAAGCUGCAAAGUUCGCUUCUCGUGCCAACGGUCUAGUCCAUUCUGGAGUAUUCUGGAAAAAGAUGGAAUCAUUUUUUUCCCCAGUCAGCUUGGAGGACAUUUCUUAUUUGAAGCAACAGCGUGAUCUCGUGCACGAAGAAAGUAUGAAGCCUCACAAACAUGUUUUUGGUGAAAGAGAUAAUGGUAUCCAAUGUCAAUAUGGAUCGGGAGAAUCGGCUGCCAGUGACAAUGUUACUCAACAAGUUGAAGACAAAGAUGUUAUAUGUGGAAAGUUGAACCCAGGAGGGAUGAAAGUUCUUCCUCUGUACCAAAGAUUAUUGGCUUCUCUAAUCAUAGAAGAGGAAGCUAUAUUUGAAGAAGGUGGUGAAGGAAGAAGCUUGCCUUUUUCACACAACGAAGAUGGAAAUUCUGGGGCAAACUGUCUAGCUGUUGGUGUAAAAUCAAGGAACGGAGAUGGUUCUGUACAUGAAAAUGACGUCAUGCACGAGCUCCAAACUCCCAUGCAGUACAACAUUCCAAAUUAUUCUGGUAAUGGGAGUAUCAACAAAAGCAUCCAGAGUGAUCUGGACUUGAUGCACAAAGGACAAGUAUUGUGUGAGAUAUCCAAGAACGGUUUCCAUGGCUCGGUGGCUGCAUUCUCAUGUGUUGCUGGCAUUUCGUAUGAUGAACAGUACAUGCAUAUGUCCAUAGAAAGCAAAUUACUGGUGGAGCUACACAGUGUUGACUUAUAUCCUGAGAGCGUGCCUGAUCUGGUGAAUGGAGAGGAUGAGGCUAUUAAUAAUGAUAUCUCUGACCUAAAGAAGCAACUCUCCAAGCAGGUUGGUGAAAAGAAACUCCUCCUAGAUAAAUUACUCAAGGCAAUUCCAGAAGGGAGUGCAGAUAAUGGACGGGAUCUUGAGCGCACCGCAAUGCAAAGACUUGUUGAGAUGGCUUACAGAAAACAGCUGGCCACUCGAGCGAGCAUUGCCUCCCGCAAUGGGAUCCCGAAGGUUCCAAAACAUGUUGCGAUGGCUUUCACUAGGAGGACUCUCGCUAGAUGCAAGGAGUUUGAGGAUACUGGCAAGAGUUGCUUUAGUGAGCCUUCCCUCAGUGAAGUCCUUUUUGCUGCACCCCCUCGUGGUUGUGAAGAAUCCAUACGACAUGAUAAUCUCUGUUCUUCACCUGUGCCUGGGACAUCAGGCUCCAGCAGCAAGCUUAAGCAGUUUGGUCUUCAGAAUGAUGAUAUUGGCCUGGGUCCUAAUGACAACAAUAGAACUCUUUUACAUCCCCCUGACCAGGCUUUCGGAAAAACUGGACCUAUAUGGAACAGAGGCAAGAAGAAAGAACUGCUGCUUGACGAUGUUGGUGCCAUGAGAGUGGCAUCAAGUCCUGCAAAAGGCAAGAGGAGUGAAAGGGACAGGGAUCCAGAGAUGGUCCUCAACUAUUCUGCUGCCAAGGGUGGCCGCCAAAAUUCAGUCAGUGCUAAGGGUGAGCGAAAAGCAAAAUCCAAGCCAAAACAAAGAACUGCUCAGCUGUCAUCUUCAGGGAAUGGAUAUAUUAGCAAGUUCAGUGAAAUGAUGCAUCCUGUGAGCUCCUCGGCUCAUGAAAGUAAAAAAGUCCUUGCAAUUAGUGCUGACAAGAAACAAGAACUUGAUAAAACAAACGGCAAUGCGCCGCCUGGUUUAAAGGGAACCAAUGAAUCUGAAGACUUGGCAAACUUGGAUCUGCUUGGAGACUUAGAUGUACCAUCAUGGUUGAACUUCGAAGGGGAUGCUUUACAAGACCAUGAUUCAAUGGGCCUUGAAAUACCCAUGGAUGACCUCUCCGACGUGUUCCUAUGACGACAGUGGCCUGUACAUUCCUAGGGAACUUAGGUGUCCAGAUAAAUAUAGAGCCACCAUUGUGGGGGACCAACUUGUAAUUUAAAUCAUGCCCCUGGCAAGUGGUGCUUGUAGCAUAAGCAUUCUUUCUGUAUGUCCGGCGAAAAAUUUUCUGCAGAAAGUCAGAUCAUUGUCCUAUGUCAAGGAUUCCGUUCUGAUUGAUUGAUAAUGAAAUUUCAUCAAAGUUUUUCUU